CCGUAACGGACGUUUUUCUGUGAAGCUUCUGAAGGACCAUCGGCGUGCAUUAUUUACCCACAGACUGGCAUUUAUUCGAAGCUAACAAAAUGGUGCGAACGAAAGUGACGCGUUUGGCAAUGAAACGAGGCCAAAAUAGUGCCGAUUCGAAGCUGUUCAUCGAAAUGAAAUUGAGAGAUUUUGAUGUGAUCUCCGAAUGCCAUAUGACAAACAUUGAACUCAAAUACCAGAACGACAUGGACAAGUUGAACCGGGCGUUCGAGGUGUUGCGGUCGCGUAUUCCAAAAAAUCUGCUCUCACUGACGAUGGGAGAACUACGUGCAAUGAACACGGGAAAAGAUGAGUUGAACAGUUCUGCACCCUUGAACCAAACCGUAAGCGCCAAUAUGAGCGCAUUGCUGGAAAAGUCUUGUCGCAAGAAGUCAAAAGACGAUGGUUACCUUACAGAGGAAAGCGAACAUGGUGACGCGUUCCGAGUGGGAACGCUAGUUUCAACAUCGAAGGCUCGCUUUGGACCUCUCAUGUCGGCCAAAAUUCGUCGACGAAGCAAAUCAGCGGGUGCCUUCACAACACCCCAUGUCAGCCGUACUUUGUUCACUGCGCAGAGUGCCGCAGUCUCCAGGAUACAACCACCGGCAUCCAUCCUCAAGCAACCGGCCCCGACCACGGAGCGAGCUUCACGUGCAAAACAAAAGAUCUCUCUCACAAAUGCCCGCCCGAAGGCCGUCAGCGUUGACCGGGGUUACGGAUUAAUUGCCCCAAAGGUUCAACCCUCCACACCAUUGGCUUUGCUUCGACACGCAAGGCUAGGAGAGACCGUUUUCUCCGUUACCGGAAGUCCCGUGGUAACGUCUAACAUGCUCGAAGCUUCUGCAAAUGUGAAUAUUCCGGUUGCAAACGGAAUGCUUUCCAUCAGGCCGACGGAAAUGGAAGCAAUUGACGCUAAUUUACUAGAACAGAUUGACCCGAAUGUGCUGAUGGAACUUAAACAGCUUCAGUCGAAUCUAGAUAAAAUCAUGAGCUCUCUAAACCUUUGAAUGUAUUGAUACUAUAUAAUCAAAUCUUUUUUUUAUAUUACAUAAUUUUAGUUUCUCUUUGAAUCAG